AUGCUUAUAAAGGCUGCAUGAUGUGGACGUCCUGCAGGAAGAACCAAUCUGUCCAGCUCCUGCUCUGAUGUGUUCUGCUCUGACGGACAAGUGACAGCUUCUCAUCGCAGACCUCAGUGUGACACAACGACUCCGAGUUCCACAGACACACAACAGUUUAUUACUAAGUAGUCAACCAGCUUGUGAUGGAAUCCCAGAAGACGGACGAGUGGGGAUCAGGGAUAUUUGACUUCUACCAGGACGUCCCUGAGUGCUGUUAUUCUUUCUGGUGCUGUCCCUGCUUCGCCGCCACCACCACCAAGACCUAUGGAGAGAGUCUCUUUCUCCCCCUGCUGGACUUGUUUGGCGUCAUCCCGCCCGUCAACAUGUCCAUGAGGGUCUCCCUGCGGCAGCGAUACGGAAUCAAAGACUCCAUGUUCAGGGACUGCUUGUUCGCCACCUGCUGCAGCCCCUGCAGCUGGUGUCAGAUGUCCAGAGAGAUGAAGAGGAGGAAAACAUAAUUAAUAUUAAUUGAUGAUCAGUUAACAUAUUGAUUAAAGCCCUUUGCUUCUUCUUGUUCUUAUAAUCAAACCUGUUGCUUAUAUUCAUCAUCUGUCAAACUGGAAGAAGCUGUUGUUGUUCAACAAGUUUAAUUAUUGAUUAUUGUCAAUAAAAUGAAUUAAAUGUCUAAA